CUGUAACAUUUUUUCUGACUUAACAAGAAAUAUUUGACAUGCAGGUUUAGUGCAGAUUCGGCUAACUAUCUUGCAAAUCAUCCGGCCCAUGCUAAGAAGAAAAUCUUCUAAAUAUUAAAUGAGGAACUUUAAGGUUCCAGUUUCCUGGCAAAUAAAACCUCAUCUCGAUGACUGGACUCUAUGUGGAACUACAAGGAAACAGGGGGUUUCUAUUCCACAUUGAACUGAUUUCCAACCCUAAGAUCCCCAUCUGACCAACAAUGAAUCGUCUCGAAACGUUUUAACAUCUGCUUUUAUGGGUGCUGAACAGACAACAUGGCCCCUCUGAUUUAUCAGCUAAGGCUGCUCGGGGUUAUUCUCGGUGCUGUUCAACUCAUCAGUGGCUACAGCUUCAAAAACUGCAUUGCAGAGCCAUAUUCAAACCUGAAAGGUUUCCGCUGCAACAAUCGAGCGGACAAGAACAUAUCUGCUAUAGUAAAGGACCUCCCUGGAUCUGCUGUCAACCUCACAGCUUCCUUCAACCGUGUGCAGCAUGUUCCCAGCAACUGCUUUGCUCAUUUACCGAACUUGAAUUACCUCAGCUUAGACCAGAACCAGCUGAAUUAUAUUGAUCCUUUGGCUUUUCAGAAACUUCAUCAACUUAAGUAUCUAAAUUUGUCUUGUAACAGUUUAUCGGAGCUCAGCCCUUCAACGUUUGAGGACCUGCACAGCCUCACCUCCCUCUCGCUGACACGGAACAUUUUAAAGGCGUUACCUGAAACAAUUUUCUCCAAUGUUGCCGGUCUAAAAACUCUGAACAUGAGGAACAACCGGCUCACAAAUUUUUCUGCAGUUGUGAAGUCUGUAUCACAUCUAACAAAUUUAACGUUCAUAGACCUUUGCUUCAACAAUUUGACUUCACUCACUCAUUCCAAUAUAUCUCUACCACAAUCCCUCAAAAAGUUAUACUUAGGCGGAAAUAAUCUGCAGACUUUGGGAUGCAACCCGUCACUUUUCAGGUUCAUCGAGCUCCUCGACCUGUCGUACAAUCCUAAACUUCCUUCGGUGGCGUUCAAAGGAGUAGAUCUGAGGAAUGUAAAGAGGCUAACUUUGCAGUUUACGAGUGUCAAGGCAGAUGAGCUUUUAAACAUCAGCAACAUCUAUGCAAGUCAUGUUGUUUUCUCAGGGAUGGGUCUGAAGAAUGACAGUCUUCUCAUUGGUUUAUGCGCAACGCUAGGAAGAAAGCUGAAAUGGAUUAGAAAUAUAGAUUUAAGGCACAACGGCAUUAGGAACAUACAUGGUGCCCUAUCCUCCUGCCCUGAAAUCACCGGAGCUUUGGAUUUAUCCAACAAUGAACUGAAAAAAGUAAGCUGCCUCAACUUUUUAAACAAACACAUGAACCUCAGUAAGUUUACCGCUGAGCACAACCAUCUCACCUCACUCCCAAACUGUACCGUGAAAAACAUGCCUCAUUUCAAAAGUUUGAAAGAACUGAGCUACCGUUACAAUCGCAUCCUCUCAGUCAGCAAGUAUGCUUUCAGUCGCAUGCCAAACAUUGAGACGCUGAAGCUCAACAUAAAUAAUGUAGCUUUUCUCCACCGUGAAGGCCUGAAAGGACUAAAAAGACUUAAGACCCUCCGACUGGACAAUAACCUCCUUACUGAUUUGUUUAAUGACACAUUUAAAGAUAAUUGCGACCUGGAAAUCCUCAACUUGCGCAAUAAUCGCAUUGCUGUCAUAUUUAAUGGGACCUUUAUGAACCUGAGAAAUUUAACUACUUUGGAUCUUGGAGGUAAUAAGAUCAGCCAUAUACAGCCAUCUGGCCUUGAUGGGUUAAAAAGCCUUUCGAAAUUCUACCUGGAUGGAAACUCCCUGAAACAGAUCGAAUCGACUUUCAACAGCGCUUUCCAAGACACUCUUACGGUGCUGGAUUUGCAAAGUAAUUUUAUUCAUUUUUUCUCAGAGAAUACCAGUUCACCGUUUCUAAAACUCAGAAAACUGAGCGAUCUGAAACUGGACAGCCAAAGAAAUCAUGGCCUCGUACUUUUACCUCAAAACCUUUUCAAAGGACUCUACUCGCUGAGAUCUUUGUACCUCACCAACAACAACAUUGCUAGUCUUGCUCCCCAAGCCUUUGAUGAUUUGACAAGCCUAAAUUUCCUUACACUGGAUAACUGUUGCGUCGGAGUGGCCAAGUUACAACCAGGCGUCUUCAAGAAUCUCAGAAAUUUGACCAGGUUGAUUGCAGAAAACAUGGGAAUUCAGAACUUCUCCAAGGAGGUUUUUGGGAAUCUUACAAAGUUACGCAUCCUUCAGCUAAAUCGUAACGUGAUGCAGAGCAUAUCUGUAGAUGUGCUUGAGAGUUUACCUAAACUCGAGUAUCUUGACAUCCGUAACGUCCCACUUAGCUGUACCUGCAAAAACAGUCUCCUGCAAAAUUAUACAGUGAAUAAUCCAGAUGUUCAGGUAGUUUAUCUCGACACAAUGCCCUGCCCAGAGGCUAAAAACAAGAAAUUUCACAACUUUGAUUCGAAGGUUUGCUACAUUGAUCUGGGAAAGUAUCUGUUUUUCACCACUGCAGCAGCAGUCUUUCUGUUUACAGUCUCUCCUUUACUUUGUGUCAAACUGUACUGGAAAAUCAAGUACAGCUAUUACGUGUUCCGCUCCUGGUUUAGUGAUUAUUGGAGCCGGCUCAGAGAUGAGGAGGAAAAGUGCAAAUAUGACGCUUUUAUCUCCUAUAAUUUCUCUGACGAGGAGUGGGUCCUCAAUCAGUUGCUGCCCAACUUGGAGGGAAAUGGAUCAUCUUUUAAGCUCUGCCUGCAUCACAGGGACUUUGAGUUGGGUCGCAACAUUGUGGACAACAUUGUCACCGCAGUGUACAGCAGCAGGAAAACCAUCUGCGUGGUGAGCAAGAACUUCCUGCAGAGUGAGUGGUGCUCACUGGAAAUCCAGCUCGCGAGUUACAGGCUCUUCGAUGAGCACCGAGACGUUCUCCUGCUCGUCUUCCUGGAGCCGAUCCCUGAGAGGCAGCUGUCAUCCUAUCACCGCAUGAGAAAGGUGAUGCUAAAAAAGACCUAUCUUCAGUGGCCUGGCUCUGAUUGCAUUGAUCCCUCUCAGGCCCAAGAGCUGUUCUGGAAUCAGCUACGCAGGGCAAUCAAAUCAGGCAGCAGACUGGAAAAAGACCCAGAAGAAGACUUUGAUCCAGCCAGCAAAGAAACUGGAAAUGUUGAGAAUCUCUUAUCAGAUAAGGAUUAUUUGCUACCUUAAAAGGAUUACCCGUGUUGAUUGACACAAAAACACAAGCAUUGUGAUAUGAACUGUCAAUGUUUUUAUUCAGACAAACCAAAACCAAACCAUUGAACAUCUUGUGAUUAAUUCAUUUUUAUGUUCUUUAAAGUUUAUUACAUAUCCCAAGAUGUUUGGUUGUACAGUUUCCACAAGGGCACUCCUGUAUUUAGCAGACACACCAAAUGAGAUAUGCUUUUCAAAAGAGCAUUUUUUUUUAAACUCAG